CCCUAACCAUAUAUCAAUUAUGAGUUAUAAUUUUGUUGCUAUAGUUAAUUUAAAGUGAAAUUCAAACUUUGAUUUUCAAAACAUAGAUUAAAAAGGGUAUUUGCUAUACCCUAAACCAUAUACCUUAACGACUUACCUUAUACCCUAACCAUAUAGCCUUACAAGUAGGGGUGUAAGUUUGACCCUUAAAACCCACUGACCUGCCCCGACCCGCCCCGACCCUCAGGGUCGGGCUGGGUCAGUUUGUCUAUAGGGUCAAUUUAGGGUCGUGUCGGCUUAGGGUCGGGUCAGGGUCAGAUAGGGUCGGGUCAAUUUAGGGUCGAGUCACUUUUUGACCCUAUGACCCUUAGCAUCAUACAAACAUGUUGGACCUAUUUGUAAAAUUUUAUAAGUUUAGGUACUAAAUUGUAAAAAAUAAAAAUUUUGGGUACCAUAACGUAAUUUUACCAUCAAAAUUUUAGGGACUUAUUUGUAAAAAAUAAAUUUUAGGUAUUAAAAUGUAAGAAAAAAUAAAUUCGGGUACCAAAUUGUAAUUUUUAGAAAAGUAGUCUAUUUAUUAGGGUCGACCCACUGACCCGACCGUUCCUGACCCGCCCCGACCCUAAAGGGUCAGACAGGGUCAUGAAAGAAACAGGUCGGGGCGGGUCAGUUAUACAUCUUGACCCUUUAGGGGCGGGUCAGACAGGGUCAGGGGCGGGUCGGGCAAAUUUUCAGCCCUACUUACAAGUUAUGAUUUGCUAAUAUAGUUCAUUUAAAGUGAAAUUCGGACUUUGAUUUUCAAAACAUAAAUUAAAAUAAGAUAUUUGCUAUACCCUAAACCAUAUACCUUAUACCCUAACCAUAUAUUCUUAUGAGUCAUGAUUUUGCUACUAUAAUUAAUUUAAAGUGAAAAUCAUAUUUUAAUUUUCAGAACAUAGAUUAAAAAAAUGAUAUUUGGUAUACCCUAACUAUAUACCCUAUACCCUAAACUAUAUAAUCUAAUACCCUAACCAUAUAUCAUUAUGAGUUACAAUUUUGUCGCUAUAGUUAAUUUAAAGUGAAAUUCACAUUUUGAUUUUCAAAACAUAGAUUAAAAAGGGAUAUUUGCUAUACCCUAAACCAUAUACCUUAUACCCUAACCAUAUAACCUUACAAGUUAUGAUUUGCUACUAUAGUUCAUUUAAAGUGAAAUUCGGACUUUGAUUUUCAAAACAUAAAUUAAAAAAGAGAUCUUUGAUAUACCCUAAACCAUAUACCAUAUACCUUGUGCCUUAACCAUAUAUUAUUAUGACUUAUGAUUUUGCUACUAUAUUUAAUUAUAAGUGAAAUUCAAAUUUUGAUUUCCAAAACAUAGAGGGAUCUUUGUUAUACUCUAAACAUGGUUUUGUCUAAGUUUAGAACCAAAAACUUGAUUAAGCAUAAUUAAGCAUAUGUGACACGCACGAAACUACACCAAAAAAUUAAUCCCGACUAGAGCCCAAGGUUUUGAACUCUAGUAGGAUGCAGUAUAGAGCAAGUAUUUAAAUUAUCAACCCGGGCCGAUCCAUAUACCCUUACUUCAAUCGUUUAAGUUGUUAUCUAGCAAAACUGUUUUGGGUUUUAAAACUAUGAAAACUACAAAUGAAAACAAGCAAGGAAAGUAAAUAAAGGAAAAGUCUAACUAAGAGAGCUUCACCUAGGAGUUGAUUCCCCUAACUAGCUACCAAGACUCGUUGGAUUGGAACGAUUGCUAUGGGCAAGGUAACCACAAACCGCAGAGGGAUGCAUAUAUGGUCGUAGACCACAAUCUCAAUGGUUAAACCGAGGUGAACAUUAUAGGCUGUGUCACUCGGCCCUCUCGGUUUAGGCAAUCAGUGGUUGACUUACUCCCUCACUCAACUCAAGGGUUGGACGGCUUAAUCACGCUUAACCAAUUUUCUUAAUACAUCAUUGAGGUUUGCCCUAAAUUAACCUAGUUAGGUGGCUUAAAAAGCUAAAGGAAAACCAACUCGAUUGAGUCUCACUUAAAAGGGGGAUUUUCCUCUCUAAUCUAGGUUAACGUGGCUAAUUAGAUUGCUAAGCACCAACAUGCACAAAUCUAAGGAUGCUAAGCACAAUUAUGCACAAUCCUUAGGUUGGUAAGCACCAACAUGCACAAACCUAAGGAUGCUAAGCACAAAACAUGAACAACCCUUAGAUUGCUAAGCACGAGCAUGCACAAUCAACAUGAAUAAUACCUCAAACCCAAUGACAAUCAUUCAAUCUAAACAAGUAAUUACAAAGUAUUAGUUAGGGAUCUACAACACCCAAGAGAAAAGAGUGAGUUUCUAGAGAGAGAGAAGAGAGGGGUUACAAAUUUGAGCUCAAGAUCUUCUUCUUCUUCUAGGCUUGAAUCCUCCACCUAAGCUUCCAAUGAUGCUCCAAGACCACUCUAGCACUCUCUCUCCCUCUCUCUAGAACUCCCUUUUGGUGUUUUAGGUUGAAACCCUAGAGAAAGAAAAGAUUUCUUCUCCCUCAAACGAGUUCCCCCCUUCUCUCUCUCCGUUGCUGUCUUCAUAUUUUCCCGAAAGUGAUAAGCUCACGGACGCGUUGGCCAGUUCACGGUCGAGGACACCUAAACGCGUCCGUGAACUCAGCGUCGUCCAAAACGCACCGCUUCACUGUCCUGGGUUCACGGUCAAUGGCCCCAGUUCAUGGUCUUAGAGACCUGAACUGCCUUGUCGUCAAUAACUUCUGGAACCUCGCUGGACGCCUAGGUGUUCACGAUUUGUGGUCGAAGUUCACGGUCUUAGAAGAUCGUGAACCGCCUUAUCCGCCCGUCAACUGCGGCUCUUUCCUGUGACGCCUUCACUUCACUGUUACGAGGCAAUUGCCACGGUCGCUUCUGACUUUUUUUGGUUUUUGCACUUUUUGACCUCCAAUUAUCCCAAAAUUCGACCUCGGCCCUUCCACACGUGCUAGGACCUGAAAUGUAUCAAAACAAGCACACCCUAGCGUGAAAUAUGUCGAGGAACAAUGAAAUACUAUGCUAAACAGAUAAUAUAUGAGGGAUAAAAUGUGUACAUUUGGGCCCGAAUCACUAUGAUCUAUAAAUAAUUAAAUAUAUGAUUUAUAAUAUAAAAUAACAUAAAUUUAAGAUAAUUUGAGUGACAAUAUAUUGAAGAUAAGAUAACUUAUUAUAUGUUUUUAAAUCUAAUAUAGUCAAAUAAUCAUUCCAUAUAACAACAUAAUAUAGUUAAUUAGUCAUGCUCUCCAUAUAAAAUCUAAAGAUUCAUAUUUUAAAGGUUAAAAUUUUGAAAAAAACCAAAAGUUGAAAACACUAAAUUUGUUUUCUUCUUUUUUUUUAGAAAAAAGAAAGAAUACUAAAAUUCCCCUCCUUUCUCCUUCCAUAAAUUAGAAACAAUCAAUUUUACCUCCUUUUUCUCUUCCAUAAAAUUGAAAUAACUAAAUUUCUCUCUUUCAUCCUUCUUCAAAAAGUUGAAAACACAAAAUUUCUCUCCUUAUUUCUCUACAACAUAAAAAAGAAUUUAUUCCUUUUAUUGUUUUACCCCACUACAUUCAGUUGCUACUUCUGUGGAACGUGGCUUGUAUUGUGUUCUUCAUGCUGUUUGCUGCUGGAAUGUUUGGUUGGAACGAAAUCGGCGAAUUUUUAGGGAUUCUUAUUUCAACGAGGCGUGCACCCAGCAAAGGAUUUCUCACACAGUAGCGGAGUGGCUGGUGGCUUUUGGCAAGAUUGAUAAAAAUUAAUGAGGCAGCAGGAUGGCUCUGGCUUUGUUGCAAAGGUUUUGCUGCUCACUUAUGUUCGGUUGGUGUUGUCCCUGAUUUCUUUCGCUUGAUCGUUGUCUUGGUUCAGCCGUGGACAAGAGCUUCUUCUUGUCUUUAUUCUGGCUUUUUGUUGCUUUGGUGUUGUCCCUCUGCUUCUUCGGUUUUGCCUCUUCUCUUUUCUACUUUUUCUCCCUUGACUCAUGGGCUUCUUUGGAGGGCUCACUUCUUGUGAGACUUUUGUGUAUCUUUUCUUUAGAGUCUUAUCUUUUUUUAUUUUAAUGCAUUAAUCACCAUUAUAAAAAAAAACCAUCCCUGUACUUGUAUAAUUAGUUGCCGAGAUCAUUAAUCAAAUCAAGUUAGAUUCCACAACAAUAUUGUUUGAAAAUACUUCCUUCAUGGUAUCAGAGCAGGAAACGGUCUCCUAGCCUGUGCCUAUCUCGCCCAGUCUUCUCCCUUUUGCUGUCACUAAUAUUCUAUUCCUCUGUUUUUUUUCUUUCCUCUUCUUUCUCUUCGACUGCUCUAUUGUGUUCAUCAUGUUAGGAUCAACAACAGCUAUUCCCUCGGCAACCUUAGAAGACACCAUCAUUACAUUCAACCCAGCUGCUCAACUUCUCCUCAAAUUGACAGCUACCAACUUCGAUUCCUGGCGCUCUCAGCUCGAGACCCUUCUCAUGGAUCUGGACCUCAUUAGCUACAUCGAUGGCACCGGCGUUGCACCUGCAAAAACAGUCACCGCAUAUGAUAAAAUUGGACCCAAUCCCGCCUAUCAUCAUUGGUAUCGUCAAGAUAAGUCAAUUCUUCAUACACUUCACUGCUCCAUAUCCGAAUCGCUAUAUUCCUAUGUCUUUGUCGCUGCAACAUCCCGCGAGGCCUGGCUGAUUCUUGAGAAGCUUUAUGUUGGCCGGUCUCAGUCCCGUAUUAUCAAUUUGAAGGGGAAACUCGCUCGUACUGUCAAGGGCAAUCAUGAUAUUCUUACAGAUGUGAAUGAUUUGAAGCUUAUUGGCACCGAGCUUGCUCUUGUCGAUGAGCCUGUUUCCGAUUUGGAUUUGGUGGUUCAUUGUCUUCAGGGACUUGGUCCUGAAUACAAUAACUUCUCCGCUACCGUGCGCGCCCGCGGAGGGACUAUCACCAUUGAAGAGCUCUUGGAUUCCCUCAUCGAGUUUGAGGGUGAUUUUAAGGAACAAGCCCGACUGAGUACUAUUCCCACCGCCUUUGUCACGCACGGCCAUUCUCCUCGUCGUAGCAGCGGAGCAGGAGCAAGGGGCCAUUUCAGUGGCGGGCCUCAUCUCCAUUUUAGCGGCGGGCCUCAUUCCACUCGGAUACAGGGAGCCCACAAUUCCCGUCCGCAACUAGGGUUUAGCCCUGAGUCCAUGGGCCGCAAUGCUCCCCUUCUGCCCGGCCCAACUUCCCCAUCUGAGCCCACUCGUCCAAGAAGGCAACUUGUCAUAUGUUAGUAUUGUGAAAAGACCAGUCAUUCAGUCCGACAAUGUUUCAAGCUAUUUCCUCAGGUCCGACAGACUUUCUCUCAGACCCGUCUAGCUCAGGCCCAUCAUACUACUGCUCAUCCUCCUUAGUCAUCAUCGACUGGGCCUUGGCUUAUGGACUCUGCAGCUUCUCAUCAUGUGACCUCGGAUUUGGGCCAACUCUCUCUAUACUCUGAUUAUAUGGGUCCUGAUGAAGUUGUUGUUGGGGAUGGCUCAGGUUUGGCGAUCUCUCAUAUUGGCUCCUCUACCGUUAAUCUUGGCUCCAGUUUCUUUCACUUAAAAGAUAUUUUAUGUGUUCCUAAUAUCAAGCGGCAUCUCAUCUCACUCGCUAAAUUAUGCCAAACUAACCCAGUGUCGGUGGAAUUUUUGCCACUCAUUUCUUGCGAAGGAUCUUCACACGGGGGCGCAAUUGCUGAGGGGGGAAAACAACGGUGAUGUCUAUGAAUUGCCGCGCGAUGUGAAGAAUGUUCGCAUGGCCAUUGUUACCACUAGGACAUCUGCAACAUCGUGGCACGCUCGUCUUUGUCAUCCUUCUAUUCAAUCCCUUACCAGUCUUAUUCGGUCUUUUUCCUUCUGGUUUCCUCACCGGUCACUAGUUCUUCCUGUGAUUCAUGUCUUUCGAAUAAAAGUCACAAACUUCC